CCAUCAUUAUGGAAGGAUAACUGUCACAAUGAUGGUAUCUGUGUUCAGCUUUGGCUUGGAACGUCGUGUCUUUGCGAAACAACCGCGUUUUCAGGAAUUAGUUGCAACCGCCGUAAGUGCCGGAACAGUCAUUAACGUCGGCAUCAGUGAGGCACACAAUGUGAAUACUCGAAAGCCAAGCAAAAAUGGCCAUUCAUUGCAGGGCGCCAGUUACGUCCGCUUGACCUACACCGAUGGUGCAAGGCAUACGUUGGAGGAUGAAUUUGUUAUAGGCAUUCAGGCUGAAUGGAUUAACUCAUCUGUUGAAACACAUUAUCAACAGAACUUGGCAACAACUUGCAGUCUGCUCUAUGUUGCAAACAAAAAGUUCUCAGGAGAUUUUCUACACGUUUACUUGGUAGGUGGUUUUCUUCAAAUAGACUGUGAUUUUGGCGGUGGAAUUCGCGGUUUUCGCAGUGGAUUUCAAAUGA